UCUUUACACCAAUAGAAAACAACCACAGAAGAAAAUGUUCCACUUGACUGGCCAAUCACCGCUUAUUCUUCCUUUAAUGGAAAAGUCUGCGCAGGGCAUGAUAUCUGUAAGUGAGAUCUGUUUCGCUGUCUUUUAACUCUCGAUCAUCAUCACACAUGGACGGGCUGCAUAUUUUCCUGGUCGUUUACUUAGGAGUUGUUUCUUGCAGUCAUGAUUUAGUUUCUGGAUCCAUGUUGAAGGUGAGAGUCAGACCAGGAGACAACAUCACUCUCUACUGUGACUGCAAAUUAUCAUUAGGAGUUUACAUAGUGUGGUACAGGAACUGCUCUCAUGACAAUCAGCCUUCUCUUAUCCUUGGAGUACAUUAUUCAGUCAAGGAGAACACUGCCAUUUAUGGACUUCAGAAGAUUCCCCCUCGUUUCCAAUUCGUGAGAAACUUUUCUUCUAACUCCUAUGACCUGCUGAUCACGAACAUCACUGAUUCUGAUGAGGGCCUCUACUUCUGUGGAACUGAGCAGGCAAGAGUGGAGGAUAAAGAAUACAUUACUAAGAAAUAUGUUUACAUAUAUGGCAACGUCACAACAAAGAUCAUAUUGGAUUCUGACUCAUACCCUGACUCCAGUGGGUGCAUUUCAAACCAUAUGAUUGCUGUGCCCUGGAUGAUGGUGCUCACUCCAGCCUUCACUAUUCUCUCCUCCUUCAUCUCCUUUAUUUUGGUUUAUCAGUUCUGUCAACAAACAGAACCUCAAAUUCUUCGGAAAAGACCUGACACCAGGGGACAAACAAGACGGGAUCAGGAUGAAGAUGUGUUUUUGACAAAAGUUAUAUUCCGGGCUAUGGAUGGAUAAACACGCUAAUAGGCAGAGGAUGGACGGCACAAGCACAUUUGUUUUAUUCAAGCAGAAACCAAAUAGAAUGAAAUGAGUUCAAAUUCAAAAGGUUCAAAUUCAGGUACAUGGUUUUAGUUGUCAUCUCCUCUUGUUGUUGUCCUGUGGUUGAAGACACUGCUCAAGCAAGUGAUUAUUUGUGGCCAAUCUGUUAUCAGGUUUAUAAUCAAUCAGACAGCAAUAAUCUCUUUUUUCCUAUCUAACAUAUUUACAUUUUUACAACCUUAAAAUGUACAUUUUGAAUGGUAACAUUGUCACCAUGUUAAGCUAGCGCUGAUUUACAUCUUGUUUUUAUUUUUGAUUCAUUAAUAUCAAGUAGGCUAUAACAAUUCAUUAUUAGUUUAACAUGUAGAAUAUGUAAUGGAUGACAUAUUUUAUGAAGAUUUCUAAUUAUAAUUGCCUCUUUAUCUGUCAUUACUAUUACAUUUCAAAACCAUGCACUUCCUGAAAUUUUGUUUAUCAGCUUUGUGCUAAUAAAACCAGAAUUUUAUCAAAGGUAGUAAAAGGCUCCGUCGUAUAUUUAGCAUAUCUCCAUUUAUUUAUGCAUGUGACAUAUCAUUACAUAAAUGUAAAUGCUGCUU